UUAAAAUAAAAACUGCCACUAAUUCUUUUGUUUUGGCGAAUCAAUUUUCCAUCAUCAUUUUUGCGUGACUCCUCUCUGAACAAGAACCUUUCUCUUUCAACUCUCCGGCCAGUAUUCUCCGACCGGUCUCGUCUCCCCGUCUCUGUUCGUUCUGCGUUUUCAGAUCUACGCACUUUCUCUGGGAAGUUGAACAUAUUCUAAGCUAUAGUGAGCUUCUACCUGAUGAAAUUAAGACCAAGUUGCUUCUAAGUAUAUCAUAACAUGACAAUCCGAGGUAGAAGAACUAAACGUGCUCGAGGGAGAGGUCGCAGCAAUCCCCCACAAGCUUCUACUUCCCUCGGUGUCAAGGUUGACCAGAGCAAAAUUCAAAAGAAAAGACUGAUAAAGGGGUUUUAUGCAUUAGAUAAUAAUCAGAAGUCCACCCCUUUUAAUUCUGAACAGAGUGAUGAAGACAAAGACUACAAUGAUGGUGACGAUGAAGAGAUGCAACUCAUCAUGGAUGAAAUUAAUCAACAAAAAUUACCGGAGCACGAAGCUGCUGAUGCAAAUAAUGUGGAAAAAUGUAUAGAAUCUAGUUUUGGACUUUCCAACAAUGUGAGGCCAUCAAGCGGAGGGUCCCAUGUAGAAACUGAUAGGCGAAAAGUUACAUCUUUAGAGGGAAUCUCUAACUCUAGCCAACGAGUUACUCGUAGUCAUGGGAGAGGUCGUAAUGAGCCAUUAGGGUCUUCUCAAUCAGGCAUUGAUCUACCACUACAACCAGUACAAACUUCAGUUUCCCUAGGCGUCAAGAAUGGUGGGAAUAGAAUUCCAAAGAAGGGACGGGGUAAGGGGGUUGAUAUAUUAAAUAAUAAGCAGAAAUCUACUGCUUUUAAUUCUGAACAGAAUGAUGAACACUGCAUCAAUAAUGAUGGUGAAGAUGGAGAAUUGCAACUCAUAGUAGACAAAAUUUGUCGAUCACAUUUGCCCAAGCAGCAAGCAACUGGUGCAAAUAAUAUGGAAAAGUCUAUUGGAUCCAAUUUUGAGCUUUCCAACAAAGCGGGAUCAACAAGUGUAGGAUAUCAUGUAGAAACUGAUGCAAGAAAAGUUAUAUCUGUAGAGGGAAUCUCUAACCCAGGUAGGGGUAGAGGAAUUAAACGUGGUCGAGGGAGAGGUCGUAGUAAUCCAUCAGUGCCUUCUAAAUCGUGUGUUGAUCCUCCACCACCACCACCACCACCACCGACACAUACUUCGGUUUCCCCAGGUUUCCAGAAUGACAGUAACAGAGGUAGAGGAGUUAAACGUGGUCGAGGGAGAGGUCGUAGUGAUCCACCGGUGCCUUCUAAAUCAUGUGUUGAUCCACCAGCACCACCACCGACACAUACUUCGGUUUCAUUAGGUGUCCAGAAUGACAGUAACAGAGGUAGAGGAAUUAAACGUGGUCGAGGGAGAGGUCGUAGUGAUCCAGCAGUGCCUUCUAAAUCAUGCAUCGAUCAACCACCACAACCAGCAGCAGCAGCAGCUUAUACUUCGGUUUCCCCAGGUUUCCAGAAUGUCAAUAACAGAGUUCAAAGGAAAGGACUUGCUAAGGGGUUUGAUGCAUUAAAUAAUAAGCAGAAAGCCACUGCUUUUUACUCUGAACAAAAUGAUGAGUACUAUGAUUUUAGUGACAGUGAAGAUGAAGAGAUUCAACGCAUCACGGAGAAAAUUUAUCAAAGACAAUUACUCAAGCAGCGUAUUGCAAAUAGUGUGAAACAACGCAUUGCCAAUUUUGGACUUUCCAACAAUGUGAGGCCAUUAACUGGAGGAUCCCAUAUAGAAGCUGAUAGGAGAAAUGUCGUGUCUGUAGAGGGCAUCCCUAACCAAGGUAGAAGAAUUAAACAAGGUCGAGGGAGAGGUCCACUGGUGCAUUCUCAAUCAUGCAUCGAUCAACCACCACAACCAGCAGCAGCAUCACAUACUUUGGUUUCCCCAGGUUUCAAGAAUGUCUAUAACAGAGUUCAAAGGAAAGAACAUGUCAGGGGAUUUGAUGCAUUAAAUAAUAAGCAAAAGGCCACUGCUUUUAUUUCUGAGCAUAGUGAUGAAUACUAUGAUUAUAGUGAUGGCGAAGAAGAAGAGAUCCAAGUCAUCACAGAGAAUGCGAGGCCAUCAUGUGAAGGAUCCCAUAUAGAAGCUGAUAGGAGAAACAUUGUGUCUGUAGAGGGCAUCUCUAACCCAGGUAGAGGGAUUAAACGUGGUCGAGGGAGAGGUUAUAGUGAUCCACCAGAGCCAUCUCAAUUAUGCAUUGAUCCACAAUCAGCAUCAGCAUUGAAUGGUACAACACCGGUAGAUUUGUCCCCCACUCAUGAAACUCCACAUCAACUUCCAACAUCUAAGCAAUGUGUUGGCCGUGAGUCUACACAAUAUUGGACUGUUGAAGCAAUAGACCCACAAGGAGCUAUUAAGAAGAUACAACUCAAGUAUUGGCUAGUCAAUGACUUGCCUAUUGGGCUGCGUGUAAUUGUGAACUUUGAUGACCAAGGUGCUGCAUUUGGUGAAGCACAAGGCUUGCUUGCAGGAUAUUGUGGAACAUUAGCAACUAAUUGCAAGUUAUUUCCAAUUAAUUUUGAAAGGUGGUCUGGAAAAUCGGGCGUACCAAAGACUUACCUUGAUAAUUGUUUUGAAACAGAGUUAAAGCCUCGAUUUCAAUUUAGGACUACUGAGUCCCUUGCGAAGAGAUAUUGCAAACUUAGCAUUGCAAAGAAGUGGGCUGCAUAUCGACAAAGUUUGUGGACUCGUUUCUAUGAUCCAUCCAAAACCCUAGAACAAAUCAUCAGUGACAUUCCACUUGGUGUAGACCCAAUUCAAUGGGCUCAUUUUGUUGACUAUCGUUUGAAACCAGAAACAUUGGAGAUUUGUCGAAAAAAUAAAGAAAAUCGAAGCAAGCAAGUGAUUCCUCAUACUGGUGGUUCUAAACCUCUUUCGAGAAAAAGACAUGAGAUGUUUUUGAAAAAUGGACAACAACCUUGUCGAGGAAAAUUGUAUAUUGAAACCCAUAAAAAAAAGGAUGGGUCAUUUGUAAAUGAUGCAGCAGAGAGAAUAGCGGAACAAAUUGAAGAGGCUUUGGCUCAAAGCAGUGUUGAUGAACUUGAAAUGUCUCCUAAUGAUGUUGUCGGUAAAGUGUUUGGGCCCGAGCACUCUGGAAGAGUGCGUUGCAUGGGUAUGGGGGCAGCUCCUACAAAUACAUUUAGAGAUAGCGGAGUUCGACUUUCAAUUUUGAGGAAUUCUUCGACCGAUGCUGCUACAUCAUCUUCUAACUUUUGGCAAGAGAAGUACACACACUUGGAAUCUCAAGUUCAAAACGCUAUGACAGCAUUUAAAGCUUAUAUUAUAAUGAAAGAAGGAAGGGUUCCCGAUGAAAUGGCUAACAUCUUUGAUUCAUCAAACGCGGCUGGUGUUGCAAGUGAGCCUAAUUUGCCUUCGAACUCAAGAAGAUCUCGUGGUGGUAGCAAUAUUUAAUGUUUUAUUUAAGAUUUAUAGUUAUGGUUAUAUAUUAGAGUUUUGUAUCAAACAAACAUCAAACAACUCAUGAGUUGGUUGUACAGUGUUAUGAGUGUGUUUUUGAUGGGAUUGAACUUGAGUUGGUCGUAGAAUGUUAUGAUGUGUGUUUUGAUGAGAUUGAGAAAGAGUGAUAUUGAUUUUAUGUUUUGUUAUGAUCUUUUUUUAUGCUAUUUUAAAUUUUGAGUUGUACUAUUA